UCGAAGUAAGAAUCAUACUAACAAAAGCUAAGCCUAGAACAAGAGCACACGAAUUCAAUCAACAUGGCCAAUCCUAGUAAUUGGCCAUCUCUUCUUAUGUUGGUCUUGGCCUUGUACGCCAUUGCUGCACAUACAAGUGCCCAAUACACAUACUCUCCACCAUCACCACCACCAUACAUCUACAAUUCUCCAUCACCACCUCCUCCUUACGUAUAUAACUCUCCACCAUAUGCUCCAUAUGUUUACAAGUCUCCACCACCUCCUCCAUACGUUUACAGCUCUCCACCACCUCCUCCAUAUGUUUACAAGUCUCCACCACCCCCGCCUUACGUCUAUAGCUCCCCACCACCUCCUCCAUAUGUUUACAAGUCCCCACCACCACCUCCUUAUGUCUACAGCUCGCCACCACCUCUUCCAUAUGUUUACAAGUCUCCACCACCCCCGCCUUACGUCUAUAGCUCCCCACCACCUCCUCCAUAUGUUUACAAGUCCCCACCACCACCUCCUUAUGUCUACAGCUCGCCACCACCUCUUCCAUAUGUUUACAAGUCUCCACCACCCCCGCCUUACGUCUAUAGCUCCCCACCACCUCCUCCAUAUGUUUACAAGUCCCCACCACCACCUCCUUAUGUCUACAGCUCGCCACCACCUCUUCCAUAUGUUUACAAGUCUCCACCACCCCCGCCUUACGUCUAUAGCUCCCCACCACCUCCUCCAUAUGUUUACAAGUCCCCACCACCACCUCCUUAUGUCUACAGCUCGCCACCACCUCUUCCAUAUGUUUACAAGUCUCCACCACCCCCGCCUUACGUCUAUAGCUCCCCACCACCUCCUCCAUAUGUUUACAAGUCCCCACCACCACCUCCUUAUGUCUACAGCUCCCCACCACCUCCUCCAUAUGUUUACAAGUCUCCACCACCCCCGCCUUACGUCUAUAGCUCCCCACCACCUCCUCCAUAUGUUUACAAGUCCCCACCACCACCUCCUUAUGUCUACAGCUCGCCACCACCUCCUCCAUAUGUUUACAAGUCUCCACCACCCCCGCCUUACGUCUAUAGCUCCCCACCACCUCCUCCAUAUGUUUACAAGUCCCCACCACCACCUCCUUAUGUCUACAGCUCCCCACCACCUCCUCCAUAUGUUUACAAGUCUCCACCACCCCCGCCUUACGUCUAUAGCUCCCCACCACCUCCUCCAUAUGUUUACAAGUCCCCACCACCACCUCCUUACGUCUACAGCUCCCCACCACCUCCUCCAUAUGUUUACAAGUCUCCACCACCCCCGCCUUACGUCUAUAGCUCCCCACCACCUCCUCCAUAUGUUUACAAGUCCCCACCACCACCUCCUUACGUCUACAGCUCCCCACCACCUCCUCCAUAUGUUUACAAGUCUCCACCACCUCCUCCUUAUGUCUAUAGCUCUCCACCACCACCUCCAUAUGUUUACAAGUCACCACCACCUCCUCCUUACGUCUACAGCUCUCCUCCAUAUGUUUACAAGCCACCACCACCUCCUCCUUACGUCUACAGCUCUCCUCCAUAUGUUUACAAGCCACCACCUCCUCCUUACACCUACAGCUCUCCUCCCUAUGUUUACACUUCACCGCCACCUCCAAGCUAUAGUUAUAGCUCUCCCCCUCCUCCAAAAUACUAAACAAACAUAUACAUGAUAUAUUCGUUUAUCAUCCAUCAUAUUCAUGGAAUUAAAUAUUUCCUUAAUAAUUUUUCAUAUAUGAAAUGUAUUUCUUUGGUUACAACCAAGUGCAUUUUUGUUGUUUGAUUACUUCGUUUGAUGUUGUUUUACUCACUAAAAAUCCAUGUACUUGUUGUCCAUCUUUUAUUAUCUAAUGAACUCAACGAAUUUUAUUUUAA